AUGCGCUUUUCCAAGGUCUUCAAACAACGUUAUGACAAGUGGUUAAGAAAGGAGUUCCAUUUGGCAGAAAAGAUCAUUGAAAAUUUAAAUGACUGGCUGAAAGCAUGGAUAGAUGUCAGUGACGAUAGCGAUCGAAAGGUCUUCACAUACAAGACAGAGGACACAACAAGAGAACAGUUUUCAAAGGUUCCAUACGUAUUGGAUCAUGAAGGUGCAGCCACCUACCGUGGAGUGAAAUCAAGUGCCGAGCAUGGGCUGACCGAAUGGAGAAGCUCAAGAGCUGAGUCAAGCUUGGAGAAGUUUCAUGAACUAUUGGCCCAUUUUGCAAAUAUUGGUUGCAAAUCGGAGUUUGCGAAUGCUCUCAUUGCCCGAGGUACGGCUGAGCACAACGUCGGUGCGAGGUGGAGAUAUGACUGCAUGGUGCAACGCCAACAAGGUUCUAGAUUACCGCAUCCAGAAUACGUGGACCGAACGCCCAUUUUCAUGGACCAUUCCCUACUAGACCAUUUGAACCAACAAUCUACAUCGCUUGGUUUUGGUGCCUUGUUCAAAGAGUGUCGAGUUCCAGAGGUUGGAAACGAGAAGGAAGUUUUCUUUUCCGAUUACUGCACCGACCAAAUGGAAAGAAACAAACAAGAGGGAACUGUUGCUUCAACUAAGGUUUGUCUUUGCGACGACUGCAAGGACAAGUACGAAUCGCCUCAAACAACAAGUGUUGCCAGGAGGAGGAGUGGUAUUGCCAGAGCGGUCGAUCGAUCAGCUGCAGCAGCACGGCCUUUACCUCAGCAGCAUAUGCAGCAACAAGCAGCAGAUCACAGCACACUGUUGCAAUGGCUUCCAAACAAUCCAACUUUCAAUCCUGUGCAUGCUUCAACGACCAGUGGUUUUUUGACUCCGAAUCAAUUUGCCUUGACUCCGAAUCAAUUUGCCUUGACUCCGAAUCCAUGUGCCUUUUUCACGAAUCAAUCCGCACCACAUAGCCGGACUGUUUGCAAGUCCAGAUGCUUUCCGAAUUACCCUUUCAAUUGCACAAGAUUUGCAGGAUACCUUGAGCGGUCCAAGUCCGGUUCAGUGGUCGGGAGACCACCUCACGAUCUAUGGUGCCCAAAGGUGCAGGGUUACUACAAGUAUGGGGAGAAUUAA